AUGGUUGAUGACAUUAAACCCAAACAACCUGAAACUAAUGUAUUGGUUAAAUGUGCUGAUGACAUGACAGUUAGUGCACCAGUAAAGUCAAAUAGUGAUUCUGCAACAAUGGAAGUGAGGAACAUCGAGAACUGGGCAAGGAGAAACAGAAUGACUCUAAAUCUAACAAAAACAUGGGAGAUGCUUCUGAGUGGCGGAACGUCUAAGCCGCCACCAGCGCCUAUAGAAGGUAUUGAACGCAAGGAAUGGCUAAAGCUGCUAGGUGUUACUUUCGAGGACGAUGUGUGCUGCUGGGACCUGCACGUUAAUGGCUUGUUGUCGAAGGCCGGAAGCCGAAUGUAUAUUUUAAGAGUAUGUAGAAGGUAUGGAUAUCGGAAGGAACAUCUCAGCUAUCUUUUUGACUCAAUAAUACUAUCGUUGUUUUUAUACGGUAUUGAAAUUUGGGGCUCAGCUCUUCAAAAGAAAUAUUUAGAACGCAUUGACAAGUUUUUUAAGCGAGCGUAUCGAUAUGGUUAUAUACUGAAAGAGUAUAAAAUGUCUGAGCUGAUUGAAACGAGAGACAGAAUUCUAUUCAAUAGGAUUUUAGAUAAUCCAGAACAUAUUUUAUAUGAACUACUGCCUGAAAAAAGACAAAAAAAUUUAAGAAAACGUGAUCAUCCUUUCAUCCUACCUCAAGUCAGAACUGAAAGAUUUAAGCGUUCCUUUGUAAAUAGGCGUCUGUUUGAUUAUUUUUAG